AGAAAUUCUAAAAACAAAACUAGAGAGAGAGAAAAUAAAAGAAGACAGAAAAAAUAAAAAAAAAGAGAGAUAGAGAGCGAUUCAAUCACCCCUUCCCCCAAAACCCUAACUCGAUCGUUAUAUUCUCGGUACAAUCCCAAUCUUUCAUCUCCUUAGAUCUCCAAUUAUAGCUACGAGAUCUCUCUAAAUAAUCGAUUCUCUCUUUUUGUUUAAGAAUCCAGGAAAAUUUCUAGCAUUAGCCUGCGAAGAAAUGUCUCCAGCCUCCAGAUCUAAACCCAAGGAUAAAUCCUCAGCAAGGGCAGCCAAGGAACAGCAGAAAUCUUCAUCCAAGGCCUCUGUACCUGGUACAACAGGAAAUGGUGCUCCAGCAAGUGCAUACAACCCACUUCUGGGAACCUUUCACACCCUUGAUACCGCACCACCUGUCUCCUCACCACCUCCUCACAGCAACAGUCGGUUUCGGAAUAUAGACCAGACAGAUGAGCAAUCAGGUAGCUCGGUAGGGACUGGUGCGGAAUAUGAUUCUGUCUCUAACAACGAUAGUUGCUCUGGGGAGUCCGAAGACCACAAAGACAAGAUCCUCACCACCAAUAUUAAACAAGAUUCUAUCCCUGGAUGUGACAAUGACAAGCGAGAAAAGAUCCGACAGAAGAAUGAGAGGAAGCACCAGCGUCAGAGAGAGAGGAGAGCCCAGGAGUUGCAUGAGAGGUGCAGUGGUUAUCUCAUAUCCAGGAAACUGGAAGCACUUGCUCAGCAACUUGUGGCGAUGGGCUUCUCUUCCGAACGUGCAACUAUGGCCCUGAUAUUGAAUGAGGGUCGGAUUGAGGAAUCAGUUAAUUGGCUAUUUGAGGGAGGAGAAGAAUCAGCUCAGCAGAAAAGUGCUAAUCUUGAUGGCGGGGGUAGUAAUUUGAAAAUUGAUAUAACGGAAGAGCUUUCUCGGAUUGCAGCGUUGGAAAUAAAAUACGGGUUCUCAAAGCCAGAGGUUGAAAGAGCUGUUGUAGCAUGUGAAGGAGAUCUAGAGAAGGCAUCUGAGAACCUUAAAGCACAGAAGCAGCAAGAACAACCCACUUCUUUGCCAAAGACGGAUGAUACUGGCGGAGAUCAGCAAGUGCAUAAUAGUACCAGUAAAAUGCCAGUCUCUGCCUCUCCGAACAUAAUGAAACCACCGGCCAGGGCCUCAACUGGCCCGAUAACAAUACAACAGAGAAAAGAUGAUAGAGAUUUUAACUACACCAAGGCAACAGUAGCAGCAGCGGCUUCAGUUGUGGCAUCUCCAGAGUCUUUGAGCAGAAACUUACAAUCUUUGAGGAAGAGUCAGCCAAAGCCAGAGUGGGCAAGACCACCGGUACAAGCUGCAACAUCAGUAGAAAAGAGGUGGAUGCCGAAUGGGGGAUCAAGUUCUUCAUCUGCUUCAUAUUCUUUGGCUCCUCCUUUGCAAGGUUCUUCACCACCGCCACAACCAGCAGCGAAAGUGGAGGCUCGGUAUGUUGUUGCUGGAAGUGAAGGUAAGAAUCUUCAGACAGGAGCUGUAAGGGAACCUGUGAUCAUGAUGCAACGACCACAAUCCGCUAAUGCGAAGCAGAAUAAUAAUAUUACUCCAGCCACAAGCAUUAGUGCCUCGCCGCCAGGAACUGCUGGAUGGUAUCCACCGAACCAUCACUCUAACAGUUCCCCAAAUGUUGAGCUCUUGAUGAAAUCCAAUGUCGGUGGUUUAUCAUCACCACCAUAUAUUCCGAGCCCAAGAAAUCCUACCCAGCCCAGCAUUAUAAACUCUCAGCAGUUUUACCAGCAAAGUCAUUAUCAGCCACAGCAGCAGCAGCAGCAACAACCAUAUAUGUCUAAUCCAAAUCUGGUAAUAGAUACUUCUGGUGGUGGAGACACUUGGGGUGGGAAUAGUAAUUUAUGGAAUAACACAGCAACAGGGAUGUUGUCACCAUUAUCGGCAUCACCACUAACUGUUCCGUCUUCUUUGGGCUUGUUUUCUGGGUGGGGUCCUGGUGGAGGAUCUGGCUCAACAUCGUCAGUAGAUUGGAGCACCGGAGGAUCAAUGUCGCAGUUGGAUUACACCAACAUUGAUUGGACCUUGGAAUCAGCGUCAAAUUUGAAGCCUUCAUCAGAGAACAACUGGUGGGUUGAUCUAGCAUCAUCUCUGAUGAAUAACAGGGAUGUAGCGUCGUCUUUGAUGAAUAACAGUCGCAUGUAUGAUUCAUGGGCUGCGGCAAAUACGAGCGCUCCUAAUCCCACAGGAUUGUCUCAGUCACCUACAAUGAUGAUGAGGUCAGCAAACUUGAAUGGAGCAGGUGGUGUCUAUACAACGGCGGGUUUGCAGCAGGAAGGAUUGACAAUGGCUUCGACGGUAACAGAGACAAUAUCAGCUUCGCAACAGGGUCCACCAUCAUCCUCUUCUGUUGGGCCACCGGCACAUGAGUGGACGUCUCCGUUUGCUGGGAAGGAUUUGUUUAGCUUACCCAGGCAGUUUGUUACAUCCCCUUCUCUGUAAGAGGAUGUGGGAAAGAUGGGGGAAAGAAAAAAGAAGAAAAAAACGACUUGCAUUUGUGUCUUCGUUGGUGUUCGUCUCUAAUGAAAAAGAUGUUGCGUUCUUAAUAUAGUUCCCCAUCCCCUUUUAUUA